ACUCACAGCAACAGCAUAGAGACCCAGCUUUUGUUUUUGUGAGUUCACCAUGGAAGAUAAAUUAGCAACAACAAGUGAAGGACAACCUAUAAGAUGUAAAGCGGCGGUUGUUAGAAGACCCGGUGAGCCUUUGGUUAUUGAGGAGAUCAUUGUGGCGCCUCCAAUGCCUCGUGAGGUUCGGAUUCGUGUUAUAUGUACCUCUCUCUGCCACAGCGAUAUCACUUUUUGGAACAUGCAGGACCCUCCUGCCUAUUUUCCAAGAAUCCUGGGUCAUGAGGCAAUUGGGGUUGUGGAAAGUGUAGGGAAGGAUGUAACUGAAGUUACGAAAGGAGAUGUGGUUAUUCCAAUUUUCCUACCAGAUUGUGGGGAGUGUAUAGAUUGCAAAUCAACCAAGAGCAACCGUUGUACUAAUUUCCCUUUUAAGGUGUCUCCAUGGAUGCCUAGACAUGGUAACACUAGAUUCACUGACCUAAACGGAGAGAUUAUAUACCAUUUCAUGUUUGUUUCAAGUUUCAGCGAAUACACUGUGGUCGACAUUGCCAAUGUAACAAAGAUUGACCCAGAAAUUCCUCCUGGCAGGGCAUGCCUUCUCAGUUGUGGUGUAUCAACCGGGGUAGGUGCUGCUUGGAGAACAGCAGGUGUGGAGCCAGGGUCUACGGUAGCUAUUUUUGGGCUGGGAACUGUUGGAUUAGCAGUUGCAGAGGGAGCUAGACUUUGUGGAGCAACUAGGAUUAUAGGUGUGGAUGUCAACCCAGAAAAAUUUGGAAUUGGAAAAAAGUUUGGACUCACAGACUUUGUCCAUGCUGGAGAAUGUGGGAACAAACCUGUGAGCCAGGUUAUCUUAGAGAUGACUGGUGGGGGAGCAGAUUAUUGCUUUGAAUGCGUUGGUAUGGCAUCAUUGGUGCAUGAAGCAUUUGCUGCUUGUAGAAAGGGAUGGGGAAAAACAGUUGUUUUAGGAGUGGACAAGCCAGGAUCCAGGCUGAGCCUCAGUUCUAGUGAGGUCCUUCAUGAUGGGAAGAGCCUCAUGGGAUCCUUAUUUGGAGGACUCAAACCUAAGUCUCAUGUGCCCAUUCUCCUUAAACGUUACAUGGACAAGGAACUGCAGUUGGAUGAAUUUGUCAGUCAUGAGGUGGAAUUUAAGGACAUCAAUAAAGCUUUUGAUUUAUUGAAUAAAGGACUGUGUAUUCGAUGUGUGAUUUGGAUGGACAAAUGAGAACAUUCUUAUGUAAUCGGCCCUUGAAUAAUGACAUACAACAUUAAAAAUAUUGGACAGUGCUCUUUUCUUUUGUAUUUGAUUAAAACAUAUUCUAUAAAACAGGUAUGCUAUUCUAUUACACUGCAAAUGCACUUGAAGCACCAGUAAAGUAUUUAAUAGGGAGGCUUUAGUGAUCUUUGAUGCUCCGAAGUGUUUUGGUAUGUAUACUCCAGAAAUUGCAUCAUUUGGUAUUUUCCCCAUGCAGCCUCUCCAGUCCACUGCAGCAAAUGUGCCUUCUGUUAGCCUUGGUGACCCU